AACGUCCCUCACUCCACAUGGUGCCCAUGGUGCCCUGUAUAAAAGUAACCCACAUGGCAACAAAGGCCUGUUUCCCGGGAGUCGGGACACGCACGCUGACCAGAAUUCACUCGAGUCGAAGGGUAUUUUUUUGUCGACGCUUGACAAGCUCGAAAGUCAGCAGAGUUCUUCCUGGGAGGAUGGUGGGAGUUUGCCCUGCUGAGAAAGCUUUGGGAAACAAAUGAGCAUCGCUGAGAUGGAAUCCCUUCAAAGUUACAUGUGAGAGAGGGGUCUACUGACCAGAGAGACUUGGAGUUGGAGGAUCAUUUGUCGAUCAAGUUGUGAAAUAUCUUUUGUGAAGAUUGUGGACUGAGUUGAGAGCAAGCUAGGAGAUGCUGAAGAUUGCCUAGGUUUUUGGUAUUUGUUGAAGUAUUCAGUGUCAAAACAUGUGCUGAUUUUUUUACGAGUUUGAUGGAAGUGAUCACUUGCGCUUCGGAAAUUUUGAAGUCUUUUGGAGCGAGUGAUGUAAACAGAGAGGGCGGAUGCUAUAUUGAGAAUUCUUUUAGAGGCAAAGAGAAGCGUGUCCAAGCUCUGAGAACUUUGCGGAGUCGAGGAUUCAAUGUCCAGAGGUCGUCACAAUGCGUCGCGGGAAAAGGGCUAGGGCUUUCUAACAUGUGAUAAUUUGAGAGCACACACGCGAUAAUGACAAUGCAGGGCAGGUCGCUAUCCCUGCAACACGAAGUAUGGCCAACGUUAAGGUUUCGUGAAGCCUCAGGAGAGUGGAAUGGUACAUUGCGAAGGAGGAAUUCUACGACCAUACAAGUACAUUUGAAGGAGCAACCAUGCAUCUUAAAACAAUUUUCGUGGAAACAAAUUGGGGUUUCUUUCACGCCACUUGAUUAUGGCAGGACGCCACGAGGAAAAACGAAACCUCGCGGCAAGAUUACGUGCAGCGCUGGCGCCGCAGAUAACGAUGGGAAAGCUCAGGAGGCACCCAUGUUGACUGGUCUGAAGAAGUGGGAGGACGCCUUGAAGCACGUCAAUGUGUACAUCCCCCACGCCGUGGUGGCGAGUACCGUAUUGGCGCUUUCAUAUCCACCAUCUUUCACAUGGUUCACCACGAAGUACUAUGCGCCUGCUCUGGGGUUUCUGAUGUUUGCUGUGGGUGUUAAUUUGAGCAUUGAUGACUUCAAACACGCUGUUGAACGACCUGGACCAGUAGCCCUGGGUCUGGCAGCUCAAUACGUUUUGAAGCCGCUGCUGGGUGUGUUGUUUGCCACCUUUGCAACUCGGCUUAUGCAACUACCUGAAGCAAUUGGUUCUGGCUUGAUUUUGUGCGCAUGUGUCAGUGGAGCGCAGUUGUCCAAUUAUGCGACGUUCCUUACAGAGCCCACUCUAGCACCACUGAGUAUUGUCAUGACGGCUCUUUCGACAGCCUUGGCAGUGGUGGUCACUCCCUUGCUUACUCUGCUCCUCUUGGGCAAACGGUUGCCUAUUGAUCUUGUUGGUAUGAUUACCAACAUCACAGAAAUUGUUGUGGUUCCUAUUGCUUCCGGCCUCUUUCUUAACAGAUUUUUGCCCCAAGUCACGAGGUUGAUACGCCCUUUUCUGCCCGCUCUAUCACUCUUAACAACAUGUUGCUGCAUUGGCUCGCCUUUAGCUGUGAACAUCAAUGCAAUCCGCUCACCUUUUGGACUAGGAAUUCUUUUGCCCGUUGUGUCAUUUCAUACAUCAGCCUUUCUAGCUGGCUACAAGAUUACUGAGGUGCUGUUUCCGAAGGCGGAUGAUCUCACUGCACUCGCAAGAACCAUAUCUUUUGAAUCUGGUAUGCAGAGCAGCUUACUGGGACUCGCAUUGGCGAACAAAUUUUUCCCAGAUCCAGUUGUUGGUCUCCCUUCCGCCAUAUCUGUUGUGAUCAUGUCGUUGAUGGCGUUUGGCUUGGUCAUUCACUGGAACAAGCACAAACAUCCUUGACUCAUUGAAGUGAUAGCAUCCUUUGAUGCAGAGUUUGGUGUGAAAUUAGUUUUAUUGACAACAUUCUCAAUAGCAGUGUAAUUCAGUAUACUGUAUUCGACGAAUCAAUGGUAAUUCGUCUGCAAAGCGAUGAAAUAUAUUUGAUUGUAAAUAAAGAUUCACUUUUCCAGCUUC